AUGGGCCUGCUGUUUCUCGUCCUUCUAUUGCCACUUUCCUGUGUGGUGGGACUGCCAUUCUACAAUGGCUUCUACUAUUCCAAUGGCCUGCAUGGCAGGACCCUGGGCAAUGGCUACGGGGAAGGCCUAUUCAAUGGAGUGAAGCUGGUGGUGGAGACGACCGAGGAGACCCUGUUUAGUCACCGAGGAGCCAGUGUGACCCUGCCCUGCCACUACCACUAUGAGCCAGCCCUGGCGUCCCCGAGGCAUGUGCGUGUUAAAUGGUGGAAGCUGUCGGAGAAUGGAGCCCCAGAGCAGGAUGUGCUGGUUGCCAUCGGGCAGAGGCACCGGUCAUUUGGGGACUACCAAGGGCGCGUACAGCUGCGGCAGGACAAACAGCAGGAGGUCUCGCUGGACCUGAGAGACCUGCGGCUGGAGGACUCCGGGCGCUACCGCUGUGAGGUCAUUGAUGGGCUGGAGGACGAGAGUGGCCUGGUAGAGCUGGAGCUGCGGGGCGUGGUUUUUCCCUACCAGACCGGCAAAGGGCGCUAUCAGCUUAACUUCCAUGAGGCACAACAGGCCUGCCGGGAGCAGGACGCAGUGGUGGCCACCUUUGAGCAGCUCUUCCGAGCGUGGGAGGAGGGCCUGGACUGGUGCAACGCGGGGUGGCUCCAGGACGCCUCCGUGCAGUACCCUAUAGCCAUGCCCCGGCAGCCCUGUGGAGGCCUGGGCCUGGCACCUGGCGUUCGCAGCUAUGGCCAGCGUCACCACCGCCUGCACCGUUAUGACGUGUUCUGCUUCGCGGCUGCCCUCAAGGGGCGGGUGUACUACCUGGAGCACUCUGAGAAGCUGACCCUGCAGGAGGCCAGGGAGGCCUGCCAGGAAGAUGGCGCCCGAAUUUCCACGGUGGGCCAGCUCUUCGCUGCUUGGAAGUUCCAUGGCCUGGACCGCUGUGACGCUGGCUGGCUGGCAGACGGAAGUGCCCGCUAUCCCAUAGUUCACCCCCGUCUCAACUGUGGCUCCCUGGAGCCUGGAGUUCGGACCUUUGGCUUCCCAGACCCACACGCCCAUUAUGGCGUCUACUGUUACCGCCAGCGCUAG